GUAGAACAAGUAUAGCCGACUCGUGCAGUCGCCUGUGUCAAAGCUAUGUAAUAUAAGCCUGACAGACUACUGUAGUCUGUAAACUGCAGUUCAACACUGUCUAUAUAACUUACAACAAACACGAGCAGUGGCGCAACUAUCGGUUUUGUUUUCGGUUAAUUCUUGUUUUUUUUGUUGCAAUAAUUACAACCUCGCAAAAAUAUCCAUCAACAUGGGAGACCAAACAGCACAAUCAAAACAAACUGAAAAUACAGUUGCAGAAAUCAAUCAGGAUGAACUCAUCAUGCAACAGCAGAGGCAGAUUGAAAAAGAGAUACAAGAUACAACACCUUUGGUUGGGGAAAAAGAAUCUUUGAAAGCGUUGGAAAGCGAGUACACUACAGAUGAGAUUUAUUUAUCAAAGGCUAAAAAUUUAGCCCAGAUAUACUCGUUCUUGAGAAGAACUAGACCCGAUGGAAAUUGCUUCUUUCGAGCGUUUACCUAUGCUUAUCUAGAAAAAUUACUUAAUAACAAGGAAGAAUAUACCAAAUUCAGAGAGCUUGCUCGCAAGAGUAAAGAUGAUUUAGUAGAAUUAGGAUUUCCACAAUUUACAAUUGAGGAGUUUCAUGAUACUCUUAUGGAAGUCAUUGACAAAGUUGGUGAAAGUGGAGAAAAUGGUCAUGCAGAACUUCAUAAGCUUUUCAAUGAACAAACAUAUUCAGACUAUAUUGUAGUUUAUCUUAGGUUGAUAACUUCUGGGCAGCUCCAGAAGGAGGCAGAAUUUUAUCAAAAUUUUAUUGAAGGAGAUCGUACCGUUAAAGAAUUUUGUCACCAGGAAGUAGAACCCAUGUAUAAAGAGUCUGAUCACAUUCACAUUAUAGCAAUGAGCACUGCUUUAAAUACUGGAGUGCGAGUAAGGUACAUGGAUAGAGGUGCUGGUACUGAAGUUACAGCCCAUGACUUUCCAGAAGGAUCAAUACCAUCAGUGCACUUGUUGUACAGACCAGGACACUAUGAUAUUCUUUAUCCUUGAUAGUAUUGCACAUAAUUAUUUUAUAAGUUUUAUUUAUAUCAAUUAGAAAUUUUACCUCCAUAUAAUUAAUAUCUAAACUAAACUUGUCGAAAUUCAAUUCAUAACUUUUUUGUCAAUCAUUACAAUUACAUGAUCUCUUUUGCAAGUAAUUACAAUGAAUCAAAGAUAUUAGACUUAUUCUAUUUAAUCAACGAUAAUCAUCAAAUUGACAGUCAAAAACCUUG